UCCCAUCACCGGUUUCUCCGUCUUUCUGGCCCUGUCCCACUACAUCCCGGAAAUCUCGGAAGUCGGAAUACGCCCUAGUUCAAUAAUUCUGAUUUAAUCAAAAAACGCACCAUGAAUUCACGUCGUCGUGCUCCAGAUUAAGUUUAAAGUCGGAUUCCAGUUUUUUUCCUCUCGGAAUUUUAAUUUGAAAUGGUCCCUCAAUAGAGAUUUGCACCUCGCAAACGUCGGAGCAGCUUCACAAUCCCAGAGUUAACCAUUCAGAACACUGAUAGCUUUUCAGCAUGAACGCCCACACUAAACGAAGAGCAACGUUUAAGCUAACUUUCACUACAGAAUUUUAAAGGGUUACUGUUAUUUAAAAAAUAAUUGCUUCAGCCGCUAUAUAAGGCAGCAUGUUAGCCUGUGAUAUCAUGGUUUCUGUGUUCCUCGUAUUUGCAUGUCGCGCUGCCUCCGUGGUUUCUGCGGUGUCUUGUCACACAAAGGAGUAUGCAACAAGGGAUGGGCAGUGCUGCCCGAUGUGCCAAGAAGGUACAGUUGUUCAGAGAGACUGCACAGCAUAUUCAGGAACUCGGUGCCGUUCCUGUGACCUGGGGACUUUCAUGAACCAACUCAAUGGUCUGUCUAACUGUUUCUCCUGCACUACCUGUGAUACAGGUCAUGGUCUCUUUGUCAAGCGGAACUGUACAGCAAAAACUGACACAGUGUGUGACGUUUUAAAUGGAUAUUACUGCAAAGGUUUGAUUGACAGUAAUGGAUGUAGUUUGGCAGAGAAACAUUCACAGUGUGAAGCUGGUCAGAGGAUAAAAGAAUCUGGAACUAGCAGAAGUGACACAGUGUGUGAAGACUGUCAGCCAGGCUUCUUUUCCAAAGACGGUGUGAAGUGCACUGCUUGGAAAACUUGCUCAAACACACAGAUAAAGGUCAAAGGAAGCUCGACCAGUGACGUUGUCUGUGGGAGAACAUCAAGUCAACAUUACUUUGUGUUUUUACCUUUUUUGCUUUGCUCAGUAGCAUUUACUAGCCUUGUGACAGGUUAGUGCAUCGUCUGCAUUGUGUUGACUUUUCAGUUUAAAGCCUUA